AUGGAGAAGAAAAUCAAGACGCUUGAUCUGCUAUUUAUGUCUGUAUGCAACAUGGUUGGGAUAGGCGUUUUCAGCAUGGCGCAUUACGUCCUGUCGCAGACAAGAACCUGCGCCUCAUCUAUUCUUCUUGUGGUUGCUUCGGGAGUGAUUGCAACAAUGUUCGGAUUAUGCUAUGCAGAGCUCGGGUCAACUUACCCAUAUCCGGGAGGAGACUUGAACUAUCUUAGUAGAGCAUACUCAAAGCAUCUAGGAACAAUCUAUUCUGUAGUUUCCCUACUGCUAAUACUGCCUCUGUCCUGUGCGAUUAUGUCCAUCAAGAUAUAUGAGUGCUUCGAGCACGAGAUGGGAAGAGACUACUGCGUUGGCGUACUACUAGUUCUAUGUUCUGUAUUUAUAUCUUUUGGUGGGAGAUUGGUUACGUGGACGAUGAGGACGCUGUUUUUCCUUAAGGUUGUUACAGUUGUUUCCCUCCUGAUAGUCUCCUUUAUAUCAUUUACGGUGAUCAAGAGCACAUCCAAUCCGGCAAUACUGGAUGAAAGAAACAGUACCACGGUAGUAGGCGCAGCCUCAAUAGUCCGUGGCCUCUGCUUCACCCAGUUCUCAUUUGACGGAUGGAACUGCGGAAACUAUAUUGCAAAUAGAAUACACAAUCCCGGAAAGACUUUUCCAAGGGCCAUAGUGGGAUCCAUAUGGAGCGUAGUUUUCAUUUACAUACUCAUUAGUCUAUCAGUGAUGUAUGUGGUACCAUAUGACGAUAUUGUUGGAAAUGUCUUUUUUAUUGACGAGUAUUUCAGAGCUGUAGGAAUACCCAUCACGCCCAGAAUGCUAUCGGUGAUAGUUACCCUGAUUCCUACUCUUGGAUCGCUUAUGUGUUCGUUCAUUGUCGGGUCUGGAAUCAUCGAGUCUCUCAUCCCUGGUAAGUUUAACAAGAAGACGGAAAUAGUAUCAUUGGCCAUCUUUUCCCUACUCACCUUUGCAUUUGCUAAGCUAGAGAAUAUAUCCUGGAUGGUGAGCAAGAUAGCAUUUGGGACAUCCUUGUUCUACUCUCUGUCAUGCAUGGGCCUUGUGUUCCUCAAAUUGAAACAUCCCUCUGCAGAAAGGCCCUUCGAUCUUCCUCUCGUGGUUCCCCUCGUUGCGUCAUUUCUAGGUGUUUCAAUUUGCAGCUACAUUAUCCUCUGUAGCUGA